UGGGCUGAGUAGUCCGGUCAGGACCCGGUCCGCGGUUCCGCGGGACUCUCUCUGUCUCAACAUGUACAAGUACCGGAUCCGCAUGUUCUUCAACGAACUGAAGGUUCUGGUGUUUAUGCGAUCCGGUUCGAGCCGGUCCGGUUCCGACCCGGAGAGCAUGCGGGCUCCGGCUCCGGGUCCGGGUCCGGGUCCGGGGGCGGGCGGCUGCGGCUGGCCGCCCUUCGCCCGCCGCGGCCGGGACGAUGAGGAGGAGUACUACGGCAGCGAGCCGCGGCCGCGGAGCCUGGCCUUCGAGGACCGGGAGGACCGGGAGCCCCGCGCGCCGCCCGGCCGGGACUCCGUGUCCCGCAGCAGCACCGCCAGCAGCCUGCGGACCCCCCAGUGCCGGAUCUGCUUCCAGGGCCCCGAGCAGGGGGAGCUGCUGAGCCCCUGCCGCUGCGCCGGCUCGGUGCGCUGCACCCACCAGCCCUGCCUGAUCCGCUGGAUCAGCGAGCGAGGAUCCUGGAGCUGCGAGCUCUGCUACUUCAAGUACCAGGUCCUGGCCAUCAGCACCAAGAACCCCCUGCAGUGGCAGGCCAUCUCCCUGACGGUGAUCGAGAAGGUGCAGAUCGCCGCCAUCGUGCUGGGCUCGCUCUUCCUGGCGGCCAGCAUCUCCUGGCUGGUCUGGUCGUCUCUCAGCCCGUCGGCCCGCUGGCAGCGCCAGGACCUGCUGUUCCAGAUCUGCUACGGCAUGUACGGCUUCAUGGACGUGGUCUGCAUAGGUCUCAUCGUCCACGAGGGCUCGUCGGUGUUCCGGAUCUUCAAGCGCUGGCAGGCGGUCAACCAGCAGUGGAAGGUUCUGAACUACGAGAAGUCCAGGGACCUGGGCGACCCGGCGAGUUCCGGGAAGGCGGGGUCCCGGGGGUCCCGGGUGACGCCCCGCGGCGCGGCGGGCGGCGGCGGCCGGCCGGGCCGGGGGCUGAGGACGAUCCUGAACCGGCGCUGCGGCUACACCGUCCUGCACAUCCUGAGCCGGCUGAGGCCCGGCGGGCCGCGGCUCGGCGCCGCCGCCGGCCGCGAGGUGGUGAUGAGGGUCACCACCGUAUGACCCCCGACCCCGACCCAGCCGGGCCAACGGUGAAGACCACCGGGGGGGGACGGGAGUCCGCCGGGGGGGACGGGAGUCCGCCGGGAUCCGCUCCACCUGCCGCCGCUCCGCCGCCGCAGGACGCCAGACGCUCCUCUUCAGUAGUUAAGGAUCGUUUGGAAAGACUGGAGAGCCAGCGGCCGCUCCGCCCGCCGCUCCGUCAGGACGGACGCUCACCGCUCCGCCCGCCGCUCCGUCAGGACGGACGCUCGCCGCUCCGCCCGCCGCUCCGUCAGGACGGACGCUCGCCGCUCCGCCCGCCGCUCCGUCAGGACGGACGCUGGCCGCUCGGGGUCCUCCCUGUCUGUCGGGACCAUCUGGUUCUGGAGGACGGCUCUGUAUCGGGAUCGUUAGAAACAUCUGUUCACCUGAAAAACCAGGACGGGACGCUGAGGACACAAACGGUCCUGAAGACAGAGACAUGAGUCCAGGUCCAGAGGACCAGUGUCUCGGGGGUCUGCAUGGGUUCUGGUUUUAUUCUUCGUCACUCAACAGAAGCACAUCCAGCGUCUGCUGGCUUCCUCCUGGUGCUGCCAAAACCACUUCCGAGGUCCACACCUGGUCCAGACCCGGUCCACACCUGGUCCACACCUGGUCCAGACCCGGUCCACACCUGGCCCACACCCGGUCCACACCCGGUCCACACUGCGAGCGGCAAGGUGUUCCGGCUGUUCCAGCUGUUCCAGCUGUUCCAGCUGUUCCAGCUGUUCCGGCUGUUCCGGCUGUUCCGGCUGUUCAGAUU